AUGGUGUUUUCGGUCGCCGCUGGUGCCGCUACUACGCUAGCAUCAUCAGUUGCUUGUGCCCGCGAUGGAGCUAGCUCAAGCACAUCAAACAUUGUCAUCACCAGCGAUCAUCAGCAACGAUCAUUCCUGCUCUGGGUGUCUGCGGAAUAUAAUCCGAAUUCCCCCGCGGCUGUUCUCCUCUCCUUUCACGGAGGCGGCACAAACGCCACAGACCAGCUCCAACUAGACGGGUUCACGACUGCCGACGACGCCAACGCUACCCCGAUUGUAGUAUAUCCGCAAGGCCUCAAUGAUACUUGGCAGGGAGUCCCCGGCGACACCGUCAACGACGUCUUGUUUACCCACGACAUUCUCAACUACCUCGAGACAAACUACAACGUCGACACGACGCGCAUCUACGCCUCUGGCAAAUCCGACGGCGGCGGCUUCUGCAACGUCCUCGCCUGCGACGCGUGCGCCUCCCAACGCAUCGCCGCCUUUGCGCCCGUCUCUGGCGCCUUUUACGUCGACACGCUGCCCUGCCACCCGGACACUGUCAAGCUGCCCUGCAGCCCCGGCAGGAGCAAUGUCGCCUUUAUCGAGUUUCACGGCGGCAACGACACGACGAUAUCCUACCAAGGCGGCGAGCGAAAGAAUGAGUGUCUUCCGGCCAUUCCGCACUUUGUCCGGCAGUGGUCUGUCCGCAACGGGCUGGGCUUGCAGAACCAUUCCAGCGAGAUUGCGGCCAAUACCACAUCGUAUACGUAUGGAAGCGGUGCGGAUGCUGGCUUGGUGACGCAUGUUUACGAGUCUGAUAUUGGUCAUGACUGGCCGAGCACGGCCCCGAAUGAGGACAAUUCGAGAAAAGGCCACCAUGUGGCUAGCUACAACGCCACGCCGAUUAUUCUCGACUUUUUCAGCAAGUAUCGAUUCCCACCAAAACGCAAGUACCGCGCCAAGCGCUACAACUGCAAGCUCACAGCUUAA